CAAUCAGCUGUGUGCGUCGUUGUUGUCCACGCGUCUUGGCAUUUUAAUUUUAUAUUUAUUUAAAAUAAAAAUGAGUAGUUGCGAAUUUCAAGCUGUUGUUUUAGCUGCUGGGCGUGGCACACGCCUACCCGAAGUGUUGGGCGAUGCGCCCAAGUGUCUGCUGCCGGUGGGGCCCUAUCCUCUAAUAUGGUAUCCCCUCAAUAUGUUGAGUAGACACAAUUUCACAGAGGUGAUUGUUGUUGUGCUGGAGCAGGAUAAGCUAGAGAUUCAACAGGCACUAGAACGCACGCCACUCAAAGUCAAAAUUGACUAUGCCACAAUUCCCAAUGAUAGCGAUUUUGGAACUGCGGACAGCUUGCGCUAUAUAUACGACAAAAUUAAAUCGGACUUUUUGGUUGUGAGCUGUGACAUAGUCAGUAAUGUCAGCUUGUAUCCGCUGAUCAAUAAGUUCCGUGCUGAUGAUGCUUCGCUGGCGCUGUUGCUGUUCAAAAGUGGCUUUGAAUCGGAUGUGGUAAUGCCGGGUCCAAAGACGAAACAUAAGCCAGAGCGUGACUUGAUUGGCAUUCAUCCGGCCACACAGCGUUUGGCUUUUGUCUUUGCCGCCAGCGAUUGUGAGGAUAUGUUGAAUCUGCAGCGUUACCUGCUCAAGAACAGGGGGCAACUCGAUGUCUAUGGCCGGCUCAUGGAUGCCCAUAUCUAUGUGAUGAAAAAGUGGGUGAUUGACUAUCUCCACAGGAAAGAAAACAUCUCAACAUUUAAAGGAGAGUUCCUACCGCAUCUCAUCAAGAAGCAGCAUUACAGGCGCACGCCCAAAGCGAUGCCGGAUACGACAUCCGAUUUGAAUGUAACUACAAAGCACGAAGAUAACAUCUUGCACUACGUGACACACACUGUGAUGGAUCAGAAGCUAACUCAAGCUUCCCUAUUUAAUCAAUCACUCUCGCAUGUUCCUUAUCAUGGCGAUCUUGUGCGUUGUUUUGCUGUACAGGCGCCUCCAGAUGUCAUUGGCGUGCGUGUAAAUAGUACGCUUAGUUUUCUGGCCAUCAACAGAAAACUGGCCGGGAUUUGGAACGAUCUGUGUGGCGAGGCACAUCCAUUGAUUGCGCCUGGAGCAGUGGUCAAGUCUACACAGACCAAGGACAUUAUUGUGGCUGACAAUGCAAAGUUGUCGGAGAAAACCUCAUUGAACUUCAGCGUUUUUGGCUCGAAUAGCAUUGUGAACCCGAAGAAUAUUGUGACCAACUCGAUCAUCAUGUCCAAUGCAAUUGUGGAAGAGGGCUGCAACAUAAAUAACUGCAUCAUUGGACACCGGGCGCAUGUGAAGAGCGGCUCAGUUCUAAACAACUGUCUCAUUGGACCCAACUAUGUUGUGGAGGAAGACACAAAGAGUCAAUCGGUGCAUUUAUCCAAUGAUGAUCAGUACAUGGAGAUUGAUAUACAGUAAAGAAGGAUAGAUGUUUAAACUUAA